AUGGGCAAAACAGGUAAAAUAGCACUUCUGACAGGCACAAUAGUACUGAGCUACGUCGUGUACAACCACUACGACAACAAACGAAAAAGAAAAAUGAUCGAGGAGCUUAAUGCACACCCACCUUUAUCCUGGAAGCCUUCAAGCCGACAUACCACAAUACACAACAUGAAAACAAAGUACUACGAUGUCCUGGUCAUUGGUGGGGGUGCUUCCGGUUCAGGAUGUGCGCUGGAUGCAGCUACCAGGGGAUUGAAAGUUGCGAUGGUCGAGUCCGGUGACUUUGGAAGUGAAACGAGCUCAAAAAGUACAAAACUGUUGCAUGGUGGCGUGCGCUAUCUGGACAAGGCAGUAAAAUCUUUCGAUCUAAGUAAUUUACAGCUCGUAUUAGAGGCAUUGAAGGAAAGGAAGUAUGUGAUAGAUGCCAUACCGUAUAUGGCAAAGCCAAUUGCACUAAUGUUGCCUGUGUAUAGCAAAAUACUGGUGCCUUAUUUUUUGAUGGGCCUGAAAAUGUACGACUACUUCUCCUGGAAUAAAUCGCUGGGCGGUAGCUACCACAUAAGCACCAAAGAGACACUGCAACACUUUCCAAAUAUAAAACUUGAUGGGCUGAAAGGCAGUAUAGUGUACUAUGAUGGAAUACACGAUGAUAGUCGUUCAAACGUAGUGAUAGCGCUGACUGCAGCAUAUUACAACGCAGAUAUACUCAACUACUCACCCGUAAAGCAGCUUAUCAAGAACGAUGGUGUUGUGGUCGGUGCGGUAUGCAAGGACAGAAUCGGUGGCGAGGAGUUUAAAAUACGUGCAAAAUGUGUCAUCAGCACAGCCGGUCCAUUCACUGACCAGAUUAAGAAGUUGGCAAAUCCUAAAUCACCAAGCCUGGUUGUUCCCAGUUCUGGCGUCCACAUAGUUGUACCGAAGGAGUACGGUGCUAACGAUAUGGGCCUUAUCAAUCCAAAUACAAGCGAUAAUCGCGUCCUUUUCUUCAUUCCAUGGCUCAACAAAACCAUCAUAGGCUGCACAGACAAUCCGUGCAAAGUUGAGAAAGAACCCAAACCAAGAGAUGAGGAAAUAUCGUACAUUCUAAAUGAGGCCAAUAGGUUCUUAAAAGAGGAUAAGAUGUUGAAGAAGAAGGAUAUUUCAUCGGUAUGGUGUGGAAUACGACCGCUUGUUAAGGAUCCAUCACGUAAGGACACGAAGAGUCUGGCACGCAACCAUAUAGCAUACCUUACUGAGGAGAAUUUGCUCGUAUUGGCAGGCGGAAAAUGGACUACACACAGAAAAAUGGCAGAAGAUGCAAUCGAUCUCGCGGUAAAAAAGUUCUAUUUAAACCCAGCAAGACCAUGCGUAACUAAUUACAUCAAAAUGUUGGGCUCACACAACUACACAAAGCAGCUUUCAGCUGAUAUUCAGCGUGAACUCGACCUUAGUGAAGAUGAGGCCAUGCACUUCGUAACGCGCUACGGAGACCGGUCAAUGAUUUUUCAGAACUACAAAAACAGGAGGGAGCCGCUAAAAAGACUGCACAACGACUACAUGUACACAGAGGAAGAAGUAUACUAUGCUAUAGAUCAUGAAAUGGCGUGCAAGCCGGCCGAUGUAUUGACGAGAAGAACUCGAUUAGGAUUUUUGGAUGUGAAAGCAUGUGAAAAGGCUCUUGACAAAGUAAUGGAUAUAUUUGUAAAGAGAAUGUCAUGGAGUGCACAAAAAAUGAAGAAGGAAAAGAAAGAGUGCUUAGAGAUGCUCGAAAGUUUGGGGCUAAAGCUCCUGAAGUAAGAACCUGCAAUGCUUUAACCAGGUGAUCAUUUGAAGAUGUGCGGAGCAUCUAAGUAUGUUCAACGAGUAGCGAUACAUGUUUGGAAUAAAAAAAGAAGUACAAAAUACAAUUUGAACUAUGUUACACAUGCUUAAAGUUAUAAUGUGUUACUGCUUAGUGUGCGGAUAACAAGGAAUGUGCCAUCGGGUAUGAUUUGUAGUGGC